AUGCCGACAACGGCGGAUAUUGCGCAAAGCACAACCGAGCCACUGAGAGAACGACUACGCCGUACAACUGUACCUUCUUCCGUUACAACAACUUCGUCAACUGCGGAGGACACGGGAAGUGGUACAGAAGAAAGCUGCACUACACUCCUGCGAGGGGAUCCGCAACUCGCUGCGGUGCUCGGUACGCUGCCAAGUUCAUCGCGCGAGCUUCUGAGGCGCAUUGAGCAACAGAAGGAUGAAAUUACCGUCUUAAAGGAGGAAAACACACGGCUACGGGCCCGGGAGGUUGAGGUAUCGGCUUUAACACUUCGGCUGCAGCAGCAGUUCUCAGCAACGCAACUUCAAGUGGAUCGCUUGAAAUCACAAAUACGUAUGGAACUUAUCAACCCCGUGACGGAAGAUGAGUAUAGGGCAAUUGAGGCACUUGAAGAAAGCAAGAGGGAUUUACUGGAUACGGUGAAAUGUGGUAUUUUUCAACAACUUGGUUCCAUGAGGGCUUCUAGGGAUACUGCGGUCAGACGGGCAAGCGAGUUGGCAACUGAAGUCGCACGGCUCACUGAUGAGAACAAAGAGCUUCAGCAGCGGAUUAAAGAAACUGAAACAGUAUUGGAUGUGGAGAGGCAGUCAUUCCGAAGACAACUGCAGGAAGCAGAGCAAAGAGGUAGCUUAGUAACUGAAUUAGAGGGGAAACUACGGGAUGUGGAAACUCGACUUAAAAAUGCUUAUAUUGAUCAAGAGCAGUUUCUCACAGCGAAACUGAAUGCAUCUGUGAAGACGGAGGAUGCAACUAGACUUACACUGCGGGUACGUGAGGCAGAGAUGGAUGUUGAACGCUACAAAACCGCGGCAGAGUGUUCUGAGCAGAAACUUGAUAUACUGAAGGGAGAGUACUAUGAACUGAAGCUGAAGAACACCCAACGUAUCAUGGAACUGGAGGCAUGCCUGAGAGCAGCGGAAGAAAAACUGAAAACCCUGUCAGACUUGGAACUUGAAUCUGAGCUGUUCAUAUCGAAUCUCGCUCAACAAGCGGACGGUCAACUAACCUUCUCCAGUAUGUCUGCACCAUCCGCUGGUGGGGGCGUUGUAGGAGACAAGGCUGCGCCUACAUCAACAAACGCAUUGAGUAGCUAUGAAAGUUGGUUGGCACUUCCACGCUCGCGUAAGUUGGCUCACACAUUAACUGUGACGAAGCGUUGCUUGAAUUUGGAAAACCGCCUUACUGCGCUACAACAUGACAUUGAGUUUAAAGACAAACAACUCGCGCGACUCCAGACGUCGUUAGAAAUGGCCCGGGAGGCUCUUAACAACACAAAUAGCCCCUUUGCUAUGGUGGAACGCACCGUCGAGAAGCUAACCGCUGAUAAUGAAGAGCUGCAUAACAAAGUGAUGAAUCUUUCGGAAGAAAACGCACUGCUUCGCCAGCGACUGGAGCAGAGAACCACCGAUGUUCAAGUAUUGUGCAAUCACCGUAAGGAACUCCUUCGCAUUCAGCGCAUUCUUCGACGCCUCGGUCUUGAAAACCAAGUAGCUGAUUCGGCCUCGCUGCCGUGUGGGACAAAUAGAAAAGUGCAACGACCUCAUGACCAAGGUGAAGUCGAUGCCACUGGGGAACUUGGAGGGAGCGGAUACCGGCUAACGACAGCACAUUUCGAAUCACCAACUGAUCCCUCAAAACAAUACUCACGGUACCCAACUGAUGAUUCUCUGCGAACCACUGCUGAAACAAAGAUGUCAGCAACGGAGUGCAAUAUGCAGCAGACAAUUGGUACGGAGGGGAACAGCUUCAAUGCAGUAGUAACCCCAGGCGUUAUACAGUUUUCCUCCUGA